CGUCCGUGCGCGAGCAAAUAGGUGUUGGUUACGUGCUCGCUCCCGCUCACCGAGCGCGGUGACGCGCGCGCUAGCCGCCGCCUGUUGGUCUUUCACUCACACAUACACAGUUGUGUGACGACUAUUAUGAAAAAAUGGCCUCGACUUCUUUCCGUAGCCACGACUAACCGGUAGAAGAUGACGGUGUUGAGAUUUCUAAGUCAGUUGAACACCAAAGCGUCGUCUUUGAACACGUAAUAGACAACAGCGAGAAGUUAACCGGGAAAACAAAGAACACUUUACGGCAGAGAAACGACAAGAAGAAAAAAACACCCACAAACCACCGCGUAUUUUUAGUAUUCUCUUUUUUUUUUUCCUCCGUAGCGCUGGCUCUCUGGAGGAGCCGCUAUGGAGGAUAUCAACUCAAACAUCAACGCGGACUUGGAGGUGCGGAAGCUCCAGGACUUGGUGAAGAAGCUCGAGCAGCAGAACGAGCAGCUCCGGAGCCGGUCCACCACGAUGAUGUCGUCCUCGUCCGGGACCAACCACCACCACAGCAGCACCAGACCGCUCAGCGACGGUUACCAACCAUCGUUCGUCGGCACGUGCGGCUACGGCGACCUGCUGGAGAACAGCCGCUGUCUGAGCUCCAGACUCUCCUACGACGGAGGAGUCAGCUUCAGGAGGCCGUACGAGUACGAGGGAGCGACGGCCGCAACCACCUCCGCCUCCUCCGUGUCACUUUUCUCGGACGGCAUCGGGGGUUUUACGGACGAGGCGGAGACGUCGAUCCUGGACGAAGUGGACAUCUUAGAUCUCGAGGACAUGGAUUGUCUAAACGAGGACGAGGACAGCUGGCUAUACGAGGCGAAGCUGGACAGUCCCAUGCAGAAAGCCCUGAGUCCUAUCGUGUGGUGCCGCCAAGCUCUGGACAACCCCAGUCCAGAGAUGGAGUCAGCCAAGCGCUCCCUCAUCCACAGACUGGACCUUACCAUGUCAGCCAACAAGCAUCGGAGCCUGUACGGAAGCCCCUACAAUCAGCAGAGCUAUGGAAGCCCGUACAGCACAAACGCAGCCAACAGCCCGUACAGCAGUGGCUUCAACUCCCCCUCCUCCACCCCCAGCAAAGUGCCCAUCGUCAGGCAGCAACUCAUGCCCGGGAACGCAGCACACCAGCGGAACACGGCGGCAGAGAGGAAUCCUCCGGCGGUGAGCCCGCAGUCCUCCGUGGACAGCGAGCUGAGCACCUCGGAGAUGGACGAGGACUCGGUGGGCUCCUCCAACACCUACAAACUCAACGACGUCACUGAUGUCCAGAUCCUGGCCCGCAUGCAGGAAGAGAGUUUGAGACAAGAUUACGCCGCCACAGCGUCCAGGAGGAGCUCCGGGUCGUCUUGCCACUCUCUGCGACGCAGCACCUUCAGCGACCAGGAGCUGGACGCCCACAGCCUGGAGGACGAGGAGGAGGCGGUGCUGCACCCGGCCUUCCACCUGCCCUCCAGCCGCUUCAGCCCCUCCCCGAGGAACUCGCCCCGCGCCUCCCCGAGGAACUCGCCCCGCUCCCGCUCGCCGGCCCGCUCCAUCGACUACAGCCGCAGCUCGCCUCAGCCCGUCAUCAGCCGCCUGCAGCAGCCUCGCCACUCGCUGCAGGGCCACGGGCACGACCUGCAGACCAACGUGGUGAAGAACGAAGAAAAACUGCGUCGCAGUCUUCCCAACCUCACACGAGCCUCGGCGGCGGCGGUCCAGAACCCCGAACCCGUUAAGAACAGCCGCAGCUGUGAGUCCAACCUGCAAGUGCCAAACGGAGGCUCUCCUCGACACCAGAAUCAGUCGGCGACAGCAGCAGCAGCUCAACUCCCGAGAUACUCGAGCCCCUCUCGCUCCUCCCCGAAACCCAAACAGCACCUCCAGAGCCCGACCGCCCUGCGAGUCCCGUCUCCCAGUAAGCUGCGAACUCCGGUCACCCCGUCCCCGCUGGCCUUGAGGCAGCCGGUGAAGGCCACGUCUAACCCUGGCUCGGCCACCUCCUCCUCCACCUCCACCCCCACCCGCUCCCUGGCCCCCCCACGCAGCGGCCUCCCCCGUCCCAGUGCUUCUGCGGGAGGGGGGGGCAUCCCUCUGCCUCGCAGCAAACUGGCCCAACCUGUGCGCAGGUCUCUUCCUGCUCCUCGGUCCUACAGCGGUGCCGGAGAAAACUGGAGAGAAGGUUGUUACUGAACCGGGGCCAGCAGGGGGCGCUCCAAUCAAAGCAUCAACCGCAGGAGGAAGACAUUACAACAUGAUGGCACUUUAUCUACCCAGAUACCUUUUUACAGUGACGAGAGAGAGAGACUGUCCCACAAAUAUAUAUAUAUAUAAUCAGAAUUUUUUAAAUACAAAGUAGAGGAGUGUCCGCAUGGCGUCAAAGAGGACCUCCCAUCGCGUCCCUCUGGCUCUGGAGGGGUCCAGCAUGUAGAGCAGAGAGCCCAGAAGAAUGCCAAAGAAACCAGCUCGGCUCCAGCAGAGGACACGCCUCCUGCCUUUUGGUUCUGCAUCACUUCAUCAGAGGACACGCCUCCUGCCUUUUGGUUCUGCAUCACUUCAUCAGAGGACACGCCUCCCGCCUUUUGGUUCUUCAUCGCUUCAUCAGAGGACACGCCUCCCGCCUUUUGGUUCUUCAUUGCUUCAUCAGAGGACACGCCUCCUGCCUUUUGGUUCUUCAUUGCUUCAUCAGAGGACACGCCUCCCGCCUUUUGGUUCAUCGCUUCAUCAGAGGACACGCCUCCCGCCUUUUGGCUCUGCAUCACUUCAUCAGAGGACACGCCUCCCGCCUUUUGGCUCUGCAUCACUUCAUCAGAGGACACGCCUCCCGCCUUUUGGCUCUGCAUCGCUUCAUCAGAGGACACGCCUCCUGCCUUUUGGUUCUUCAUCACUUCACCACCUCAUCUUCCUCUCGCUCCUCUUCUUAUUUCACCUCCCUCAGGUCGAAAUGUCUCCACACAUUUCUCUCUUAUUCUCUGUGUUCAACAGAUGUCAGUGAGCGAUCUCUAUGAUGAUGAUGAUGAUGAUGAUGAUGAUGAUGAUGUAAAUGUUAGGGAGAAUGGUGGAUGUCUUGGAACAGUGAAAGCACCUCUUUGUGUGAGUAGUCAGAAUGUAUGCACAAAGUUUUUUUUGGGAAAAGAAAUAUUUAUUCAAAUUAUUUAAGAAAUGUGUCUAAACAUCCUUAUCAGUAUUUUUUAGUUUUGAAGAUUUCAAUUGUUAAAGAAAGAAAGAAAUGUACGUUUUAAACGUCGACUGCAAGCUAACUCUCCAAAGCGUUGUGUUGUUCUUACGUGGUGAUAAACGACGACUCGGCUCAGACGUCACCACAGUUUGACAAGAUUUAACUUUCUCCACUGAACGGAGUUCGGUCGGUUGAAAAACAGCUUGAAAUGAGCUCAAAGCAUAUUUAAUCUCUGCUCCCCCAUUCGGCAAGUUAAACCAAGGAAAGCGAUGUUGUGUCCAUCAUUGAUGAAAGUCAGACAUCUUGAAUACGUUCUGCUGGCUUCAACCUCUUGUGCUCUGAACAUGAAUGGAAGGUCUGCCGGUGUUCAAACUAGUGCCUAUAAUUUAAAGAUUCACUCCUUUGUUCCUUUAGCAUUUUGUGCCAAUUUCUGUUUCUUUUGCAUUUCUGCUCGAUUGAUUCGCCUUUUUGUUUGUUUGUUUUGUUUUUUGUAAUUGAAUCAAUGCAUUUAUAAUUGCUUUAAAAAAAAGAAAUGUUCAGAAAUGCGCCUUCAUAUUUAUAUCAAAUAAGUCAUUGUGUAAAUGAAACUAUUUAUUAAAGAGAGGCGCCUCGGUCAAAGCUCAGAUUCAGCGGGGAAGCUCGAAACGAAUGUUGCAAAAAAGACAAAUGCACACCUUUUGUGUGAACAGUUUUUGUUAUUGAACCUUUUUUUUUUAUAUCCACAACCAUGACAUUCAGUUCCUCGUGUAAAGUCACAUUUCAAAUAAAAGAUGAAAUGUUAUCCUCUUGUUUUGCACAUUUUUUUAGAUCCUCUGAAUGAAACAGAAAAACAAAGGUUUGUAUUGUUGUGAGACAGCAGCAGCCGUACGUACAUACAUCCAUUAAUAAAACGAUCUCAUCAAAGCUGUUGAUCCUGAUUUUAUUGUUCAUCGGGUUUAAAAUCUGAUGGUCUGUUAUAUUUCUGUUACUAGAAAGACGACGUUCUGCAGGUGUGACACUUCACUUCUACGUCAGUAGAAAGUAUUUUACUCCUUCAGUCUGAGUUUUCAUGAACGAUACAAACAGAAGCCCGACUGGUCACUCGGAGACGUCGUCAGAGACGUCGUCUGUGUCGUGAACAUUAAAAAACUGAUUUAUUUAUCUGUAGCUGUUUGCUCUCUAAUAUGAACAUCUGAGACCUCAGGCUCCCUCCAACGAUGCUCAUUAAAUAUGUAUGAAGAGAAAACUACGUUUAAUAAAAUGAAUUA